UUUUUAAACUUAAGGCUUUUACGGCCUUUGGUCUCUCUUUUACAUGAUUUUGUACAUUCAAAAAUGGUAUCGCACCGAUUAUCCCGUUCCUGAAGAGGUCGGUUCAUUCUAAUUUCUAACGCGGCGCACACAAAGGUUUAUGCAGGGUUUUAACCUCGUCUUCCCACCACAUCCCGAUGUGUUCUUCGACCAUCUGAUUCACUUACACGAAAAUUUUACUUCCCCUUAUACUAAUCACAACAAAAUUCAGUCGUUCUAUCAUAAUUUUUUCUUACAAAAUCAUCCCCUAAUUAAUGUUCAUCGCCCAAUUCCAUAGCUCCUUUGAUAUAUCAAUUUCUCAACCCCAUUUUGCCCCAACUGAUAUAAAACCCAGAAAAGUUUUUCAGUUAAAUUCGUCAAAAAAAUCAAAAGUUAUGUGGCGAAGCAUCUCCCAACGAGCCUCUUCAAGAAUCCCAGCAAGUUCUUUCCUUGAUUCACUUCCAUUUCGUUGCAACUUCAAUACUUUAUUGGGUUAUUCCGGAAAUCCAAUUAUUUCUGAGAAAUUACCGUUUAGAGGUAUGGAGUUCGAUUGCUGUUCAUCAAUUAAAGGACACCCGGAAAGAAAUAUCUUCGAAAUGGGUCAAAUUUUCGCUAGAGAUGAACGUAUUGGCGUGGGAAAUCACGUUGGCUUCAACGUAAAAAGAUACGCUAGUGUUGCAGAGGCUGUUGUUUCUUCAUCUACAGAUGCAGACGACGAAAUUAAUGGUGGCGACGAGGUUCAAAAACUGUUGAAUGAAAUGGGAAAAGAAAAGCAACGGCAGGCGACGAGGGGGUGGUGGCGGCAGAAGAGGGCAAAAACCGGCAGCAGUUGGAAUUAUAUGAAACUUAAACAACGGCAAGUGAAGAUUGAGACAGAAGCAUGGGAAUUAGCAGCUAAAGAGUACAGAGAGCUUUUAAGCGACAUGUGUGAGCAGAAAUUAGCACCUAAUUUACCCUAUAUGAAGUCAUUAUUUCUCGGAUGGUUCGAACCAUUAUGCAAAAAGAUCGAACAAGAUCAAGCAUUAUGUAGGAAAGGAAAGCAUAAAGCCGCAUAUGCACCUUAUUUCGAUCUCCUUCCAUCCGAUAAAAUGGCUGUUAUCACAAUGCAUAAGGUCAUGGGGUUGAUAAUGACAGGAGGCGAGAAUGGUUGUGCGAGAGUCGUAUCUGCUUCUUGUAGCGUUGGUGAAGCCAUUGAACAGGAGAUUAGGAUACACAAAUUCUUGGAGAAAACAAAGACAAAAAAAGCUGCUAAAGCUGCAAAAAGUGAAGAAAACAAAAAAGUUUCUGAUUCUGAUGAUGUUAAGAAGGAACAAGAGGGACUACAUAAGAAAGUUACAAACUUGAUGAAAAAAGGGAAGUUGCAGGUUGUAGGUCAUAUUGUGAAGGGAUAUGAUGAUUCAAAACCAUGGACACAGCCUGUUAAAGCUCAGGUUGGAAGUCGUUUGAUUGAAUUGCUUCUACAAUCUGCUUAUAUACAGCCUCCAGCUGAUCAAUUGGGUGAUUCACCUCCUGAUAUUAGACCUGCAUUUGUUCACACAUUAAGAACUUCAGUCAAAGAAGGACAGAAGACUGGAAGAAGAUAUGGUGUUAUUGAAUGUGAUCCUUCAGUGCGCAAAGGAUUAGAGAGAGCUUCGAGGCAUGUGGUUAUCCCUUAUAUGCCAAUGUUGAUACCUCCUGUAAAGUGGACAGGUUAUGACAAAGGAGCUUACCUCUUCUUACCUUCCUUUAUAAUGCGAACACAUGGAGCAAAGCAACAGAGAGAAGUGAUUAAAAAGACUCCUAAGGAGAAUCUUCAGCCAGUUCUUGAAGCAUUGGAUACCCUUGGGAAUACUAAGUGGAGGGUGAAUAAGAGAGUGCUAGGUGUGGUUGACCGAAUAUGGUCAAACGGUGGCUGCCUUGCUGGCUUGGUUGACCGACAUGAUAUUCCUUUGCCAGAAAAACCAGAUACAGAAGAUGAAGAGGAAUUGAAAAAGUGGAAAUGGAAAGUUAAAAAGGUGAAAAAGGAGAAUAGAGAGAGACAUUCUCAACGGUGUGAUGUUGAGCUCAAAUUAACUGUGGCACGAAAGAUGAAAGAUGAAGCUGGAUUUUUCUACCCACACAAUUUGGAUUUCCGGGGUAGGGCCUACCCAAUGCCACCUCACCUGAACCACCUCGGGUCGGAUCUUUGCAGGGGCAUUUUGGAAUUUGCAGAGGGGCGGGCCCUCGGGAGUUCAGGGCUGAGGUGGCUGAAGAUCCACCUGGCGAAUUUAUACGCUGUUGGUGGGGUCGACAAGCUGUCACGUGAGGGUAGAAUUGACUUUACAGAAAAUCAUUUGGAUGAUAUUUUUGAUUCUGCUGAUAGACCACUUGAUGGUGAUCGAUGGUGGUUGAAUGCUGAAGAUCCUUUUCAGUGUUUGGCUGUUUGUAUUAAUCUUGCUGAAGCCUUGAGAAGCCCUUCUCCUCACACUGUUGUUUCUUAUAUUCCUGUGCAUCAGGAUGGUUCAUGCAACGGUUUACAACACUAUGCUGCUCUUGGAAGAGAUAAACUAGGGGCGACAGCUGUCAAUUUGGUUGAAGGAGAAAGACCUGCUGACGUGUACUCAGGAAUUGCUGCAAGAGUUCUUGAGAUUGUGAAAAGAGACGCAGAAUUGGAUCCGGAUUCGUUUCCAGAUGCAAAACACGCACGACUUCUCAUCAAUCAGGUGGACAGGAAGCUGGUGAAGCAGACAGUGAUGACGUCAGUUUAUGGUGUGACUUUUAUUGGUGCUCGAGAUCAGAUUAAAAGGAGGCUGCAAGAACGAAGUGAUAUUUCUGCUGAUGAUGCUCAGCUUUUUGCUGCAGCUUGUUAUGCUGCAAAAAUAACUUUGGCUGCGCUUGGGGAAAUGUUUGAAGGUGCACGUAAUAUCAUGAACUGGCUUGGAGACUGUGCAAAGUUAAUAGCUUGUGAAAAUGAGCCAGUAAGGUGGACUACACCACUUGGUCUUCCUGUUGUUCAACCUUAUCGCAUACAUGGAAGACAUCUUGUUUCAACUUCUCUUCAAGUAUUGACUCUGCAGCGUGAAACUGAAAAGGUAAUGGUGAGGCGGCAAAGAACGGCUUUUCCCCCAAAUUUUGUCCACUCACUCGAUGGUUCACAUAUGAUGAUGACCGCAGUUGCCUGUAAACAUGCAGGCUUGAACUUUGCAGGUGUACAUGAUUCAUACUGGACGCAUGCUUGCAAUGUAGAUGAAAUGAAUAGAAUAUUAAGGGAGAAGUUUGUUGAGCUUUAUCAGACACCCAUAUUGGAAAAUUUGUUGGAGAGCUUUCAAGAGUCGUUUCCUACAUUGUCAUUCCCACCUUUGCCAGAUAGAGGAGAUUUUGAUCUUUCAGAUGUUCUAGAAUCUUCAUAUUUUUUCAACUGAAGCCAUGAAGAACUGAACAUAUGUGCACUAUUCUUUGAUUUGAAUCUGUAGAAGAUAUCAUCAUAGGUUGAUUUGUAUAUAUGUGUCACAUUUAUUGAUGUGUAUAUAUGGUCUUAAUUUAUUAGUGGUAAACUGAAAGGCAUGAAAGUAUUUACACUGAAAUAUGAAGGAAUAUCUUCGUUCUUAGGUUUUGGUUGUAAUGGAUGUUUCUUGAAAAU